GACACUAAGUGACGGACGAGACCGUGACCAGGGAGGGAGGCUGGACGGCCGAUUGAAGGUCCUUCAGUGUGCUAGGAAGCCGGCUGAACCAGAGCGACCAUGUUCUUGGGCGCCCGCAGGGGCUGAUGGCCGUGGACACGGCCCGCUCGGGCCCGGGAACGGCAAGAACAUUUAGGUGCCUGUUAAUCGUUCCUGGACAACUUCUUAAGCCCUGGAAAUCUGAGAUGGAGCGCGAGAAUACUUUCCGUCCAGAUGGCGAGUUCAAAGGAGGUGUUUUAGCUCACUUGGAAAGACUAGAGACUCAACUGAACAAAUCCCAUAAAAGACUGGAAGGACUGCAGAGAGCACAGGCGGAAGAAAGUGCCCUGGAAAGCAAGAUUCAUAAACUGACAUGUCUGCGAGAUCAGCUGAGAGCUGAAAUGCAACAACGGCGAGCCAGGGUUAAGGUGUCUACCACCAAUGUAGAACCCGACCAAACGGUGGAGAUCAGUGAGCAAGAAGCUUUAGAAAGAAAACGGGAAAAUGUGAAAGCCAUUCUGCAGGCGUACUGUUUUACAGGGCUCAGCGGGAAACUGACCAGCCGUGGAUUCUGUAUCUUCAUCAACACUGCUUUUGAGGGGAAUCUGCUGGAUUCCUAUUUUGUGGACCUGGUCAUGCAGAAACCACUUCGGAUACAUGACCAUUCAAUUCCAGUUUUCAUUCCCCUGGAGGAGUUAGCUGCAAAAUACUUACAGACUAAUAUUCAGCACUUCCUGUUCAGUCUGAGCGAGUACCUAAAUGCUUACUCUGGAAGGAAGUACCAGGCAGAUCGACUUCAGAGUGACUUUGCUGCCUUUCUGGCUGGGCCUUUGCAGAGAAACUCACUGUACAACUUGCUGUCAUUUACCUACAAUGUGGAGCUGAGGGGUCAGUCCCUCCCAUUCUGUGCUAGAUUGCUGUAUAAGGACCUCACAACAACCCUUCCGACUGAUGUCACUGUUACCUACCAAGGGAUGGACACAUUAUCUACCUCCUGGGAAGAACAGCGAGCAUCCCAUGAAAAUCUGUUUUGUACGAAGCCCUUACAUCAAGUAUUUACUUCAUUUGCAAGGAAAGGAGAAAAGCUGGGUAUGAGCCUGGCCUCCUAGAAUAUUGUUUUCAUUGGGACCACAUCAGAAGUAAAAGGAAAUAUUGCACUUUCUGCUCUCAUGACUAAGGUGACAGGGGUUCCAGAAGAACCUUUCAAGAUUAUCAGGACGAGGGCCAUGUCUAGCUCAGACCAUAUGGAGGCGGGUCUCCGGCUGGAGUUCAAAGGCAUCACUUCCAAGUACACCUGAGGAGCAGAGCAAUGCCGGGACAGGUGUCCCACCAAGUCCUCAGCUUAUGCAGAGGUUCCUCACCUGCACUCUCAACCUGGCAGCAAAGGCAGCUUUGUUCUACCUCUGUUACAUUCCUGCUUACAGGGGCCAUGGUCUCUCUGUGCUAAGAAGGGCUGGUUGAAACCAGGGCUCUGGAAGGAUUGUUCCAGCACUAUGCCUAAGACCCCUACUCUGAGGAAUAAGUAUGGCCCCUGCUCAGAGCUCACAGAUCCAUGAACAACUGAAGGCUUGAGAUUUUUAACCCUAAAACAUCUAUGUGAGUGUGUACUUCAACAGUUUGGGAAUGUUGGGACUUAAGUCAUUUGUCCUUUCCCAAGACUUAUUGUUGAUUUCAAAAAAAAUACGUCUUCCCUUCACAUUUGGACUAUAGUGGGGUAGAGGCCCUUUAGGAGUUGUCUACCACCUGGUGGGGCAGUGUCACAGAGGAGCCAUUAGGGAAGGCAGCUGGCUUCUCACGGCCCUUCAAGAAAAAGGUGAGCAGCUCUCCCUUCCCUUUCACGAAGAUGGGUCCUCUUUUCACAAAGCGGAAGCCGUACUCUCGAAGGAUGACUUGUGUUUCUUCUACCACCUGUAGAGGCAGAGAGCUUGGCAGUAGAGAGUGGACACUUCUCACCAGCAGGCAAGGGCUGGAGGGUGACAGGAUCCAUGGUGGGUUGCCUGGGGCCCUCCCCUCUCCCAAAGGUGGCUUUGUGCUCACUCGCCCAGGACAGUAGUACUCUUGUUUUGGGAACCUCUACUUCCUGCUCUUUGGUCCCCUCUACCCCUUUGUCAAGCUUUCCUGCCAGUCCCAAGCUGAUACAGAUCAGGUGGCUUCAGCAAGGAUCUCCUGGAGGCACGCUAUUCUUACCCACAACUUCAACCUAAAUGUUACAAAUGGGACUGAAGUAUUUUCUCCCUUCUCCUGAGGCCAGCUACGGAGGCAUUUCUGCCCCUGCUCCUUAAGCUCACAGCACUGCCAAUUUAAUAUUCCAGGCCACGAGGAAGGAGGUAGUAGUACAGGGCAAAGUGUGCACUAUUCUUAUUUGCACCCAUUCCCUAGGUUUGAGCACACACUUAGCGCUGUUGCUGGACAUACCUGAAUGUUGCCCAUGACCCCUGUGGACUCCAUCCUGCUGGCUACAUUGACUGUAUUGCCCCAGAUGUCAUAGUGUGGUUUCCGGGCUCCAAUGACACCAGCCAGUACCCCUCCUUUGUUCAUGCCUAGAGUAGAGGAAAAAAAUUCAGCACAGCCCUGUGUCCAGCUUUGUCCUGACCAGCUCUCAGAGAACUUGCCACCUGAUCCCAACCACAAAGUUAUUUACACAUCACAUUCCUCAGUAAGCUUAUCCUGUAAGCUACUGGAGGGCAGAAAUCAUUUCUCCCAUUUAAUCUGCCCUCACUAUGUACUUGGCAAAUAUCAGCAAUUCCCAAGGUGCUAAUUUACCCAGUACUCAAAUGGCCAGUUUCUUCACACAGACCUGGUACUUCAUGUCUCCUGUGACCUCAUCCAGAAAGGGUGAGACCCCCUUUUCAGUAGGAGAAAUGAGGUGACAUCAACUCCUCUAACAGGAAGAAGUGAGCAUGCAUGCCAAGCCUUCAGAAGGUAAGACUCCUUGGAAAGGUACACAAACUGACUUCCCAGCCAAUUGAAAAGGAAGGCUGUCGUGAGCAGCUUGGGCCAGGCAGAGCCAACCAUCAUUUCAUUAGUCAGAUUAUGGGUUUGAUCAUCUAGAAGAGACAACUUUGAAGACACUAAAGGUCCCUUCUGGCUUUGAGGGUGACUCCCCAACUUAAAUGCCCCAGGGUCUUGUGAGCUGGUCCUUCCUGCUGAUGUGUUGCGUCCCUGCAUCUGAUGCAGUAGCAGGCAAGCCCAGAGCCCUUACCUAUACGCAGCAUGAAGUUGUUGAAAGACUGGUUGUUGAUGUUGGUAAGUGUGUCCUUCAUGGCCAGUGCGAAGUCCGCCAGAUCAGCCAGGUGCUGCCAGCGCUCCUUGUCUGACUUUUCCUCCUGUAAGAGACCAGCAGAGGUAGCACUGGGAGCCAGUCCGGGUGUGACCGUAGCACCUGCUCACCCUUUUCCCAACAUGCUGGAAGUGAAUCCCUAUUCUGGUUGUUAUAAAGGCCUCCUCCUCCACUUCUUCCCACACAGGAGUCAGUGACCUUUUUAGCUCUAACUUGUCACUGAUGGAGUUCACCCGGGUCCCUCAGGGAAGUGGUGGGGAAGACAAGUCCUACCAAUCCAGUUGCUUCCUGCCUGUCCUAUCUCAUUGCCACCUUGACUGAUACCUAGCCUUUAAAUUUGGGGUAGUUGUCCUCAUUUUGAUUCCUCAACUAGGUUAUAAGUUGGUUGAGAACCUAUCUUAACUAAAUUUCUUUAACCUCAUCCAUAAAACGGGGAUGGCAAGAGUACUUAGAUCACAAAACCAUUGUAAGAUAAGAUAGGAACAUACUGUUUUAAGAAUAGCCCUUGCGACUAGGUCCCCCACAGCUCAUUUCCUCUCCUUCUGGUAUCUAAACAGAACUGAAUUCACUUAGCAAAAGAAGAGGCUGUUAGUGAGUUCUAAAGAUUCUCCUUUUCUAACAAAACUGCUUCCCAAUCUGGACGUUUUCAUUAUUAACAUAAUUGCAUAGAUGGUUUCUGCUCCUCCAGUCUUAAAGAAGUAUGGCGUGUUAAGAGGGCCUGGCCUCAGCUGUGAAACAGCAGUGGGGUUGUGGGAGCCCCAUUCACUCUGCUGAUUAAACAUAGUAAGCCCAAGUCUAAAUUUGCAUUGCGUGGUGCUAGUGGUGUGUGCAACCCCUUCACCCGACAGUACUUAAUGUCAGCCAUCCUUGUGACUCCUCGCCUUGCAUGUGCUGGGUGUGGCUGCCCCGUGCUGCCUCAGGAGGCAGAGCCCCAUCUCCUCUCUGGCUGUUGAGGGGGCCGCUACCUUGUUGGAGCUGGUAAAGCCGUUGGUGUUGACAUCUGGGGUGACUCCUGAAGCUGCCAUAUAGGUGCUGCCAAUGGUUUUGAUCUUGGUGAUGACCCGGAAUUUGGGAUUGUCCAGGAGCUGAGACCAGAAUUUAAAAACAGAACUGUCAGCACAGUUAAGGGAGACAUAAGCCAACGGAAUGGCAGAUGUAACCCGCAAGCCAUCCAAGAGAUGCUUUCCUAAAAAACUUUAUUCUGCAUGGUCCUGAGCAAACUUUUGAUUUUCUGAGCCUUCAUUUCCACAAUCUUAAUAUUGGAAUGAAAUUGCCAAGGGUGGUUGAGCACAUAUGUAAAAGCACUUUCUUUGGUAUGCAGUGUUUACUGAGCCUGAAUUUGAUGGUAGAAGGAUUCAGAGGGGCCUUGGGAUCUUCUUUGGGGCAGUCCUUAUCCAGUGAACUUGCAGGUGAUUUCCCAGGCCCCUACUUCACCCCCUCAGACGCAGCAUUGCCAGAUGGCUGCCAAUGCCCGUACAUUAUGAGGAAGGACUUAUAUGGAAAAAUAGCAGCUAGUGAUUCCACCACUUUGACUUCUGUAGCCUGUCAUGAGAUGUAAUCUGGAAUAAGCUGGCUUUGUAGCAGAUGGGGGUGGGGGACACUCACAGAGUCAAAAUCUGAGAUGAUCUCAUUGAGGAAGCGCAGACAUUCAAUGCCACCAUUAUUGAUGCUCUCUUCUGUGUAGAAGUCAGCAAAGUUGGGCAGGGAGGCAAACAUGACUCCAAUCUCAUCGUAAGACUGGCUAUACAGCUCCUAGAGAGGCAGAGCCAGAGAACUCAGAUUCAUUCCUGUAGCAGGUUAUUUAAUCAGUCUUCCGCACUCGUGAUAGGUGCACUCAGCGUUUUGGACACACACAUCUCCCAGGUUAUCCCAACUCUGAAUUACGAGAAAGCAGCUCAUCAUGACUGAGUAAAGAGCCACUCUAGUACCUGUACAGCCCCUAUGAAAAGGGGGCUGUGGGGUUGGGAAGUGAGGCAUUGGAACCUGGCUUUGUGAGAAGAUGACCGCUGACAGAAACAUGGGUUCUAGUUAAGGCCUCACCUUCUGAAAUGGGGCCUCACAGAGAUGUGUGGCCCACAGAAACAGUGCAGCCUGUAGCAUGCCCUUUACUUAAAGCCUGUGGGAUUCCUCAUUCCUGUUGUGGUUGCUGGUUAGGUCCAGCCCUACCUGGGCCCACACACACCCUCAGGGCUCCCGGCUACAGCACAAGACUGCCCCUUACCUCAUCUCUCUUCUUGGACCCCAAGAAGUGGCGUGCCACGUGCUCUGGCAGCAUGUUGGCCACCAAGGCUUCGUUCCAGCGUCGCAUCUCGUAGACACGUUCCUUCUGGUCAUGGACCUCAAUCUUCCAUAAGAACAGUGUCCGUGCCAGUUUUUCCACCUGUAGACACAAGCAAGGAGUGUGCUCUAAACCGGCCAUUCGAAGGAAAGAUGAGAAACGGGAACUUGAAUGGAGGGGGUUCCAGGUGGAAAACUGGAAGGAAAAUGGCUAAAUGACAAGGGAAAUAAGACACAGAAAGAUCCACUUAAUCACAAAAGGUUGCCCUCACAGCUCAGUGGGGAAUCCCAGCCUCUCAUAAUAGCACAGGUUUAAGACCUGGGUCUGUGGGGCCUCCUAGCCCAGGGAGGAGUCUCCAUUUCCAGCAGGCUCCUUUUGGCCAAGAAGUGGCUGGGGAAGACUGUGUUUUCCUGGCAAACCACUGGGUGGCACUUGAGCUAACAUGGAGCAGGGAGUCCCUUGCAUGGAUAAAUCCAUCCUCUUGAAGAAGCCAAAAAAUGGGGAAGGUGGUGACUUAUCAGGGUCAUGCUAGGUAAAGGAAACCAGCAUUCCUAGGAGUUCUGGGACUGCUGCUCAGGAGGCCCGGAUAGGGUAGCGAGCAAAAGCAGAGAGGAGCGUGUGCAGAUACUCACGUGGCGGGAGAAGUAGUACAAGCUCAGCAUCACGAUGAAGAUCAUCACUGUCAUUGAGUACUUCGAAGGCAUCAGGGGCAGCCUGCGGGGCAGAGGGUGUGUCGACCAAGAGAGCAUGUGCUGCCCUCGUGGAGUGGAGUUUAUUCUCUAACAGGUCGUGCACUUCCCUGACACCCGAAGCCUCAGGAACUUCCCAGCUUCUCACCCGUCUGCACACCAAGUCCGGACACGUGCACUUGGCAGGAAAGCUUCCUUAGGUCAUUGGGCUCCGAAAGGCCAACCAGCUCUGCCCCUCCCGGUUGCACCUGGACUCCCUGCCAGGGCUGCUCCCCACAUGUGUAAUCAUCGCCGCUUCACCUGACGGAGCCCAGAGGGGCUGAGCAGCAGCAGCACACUCACAAGACCAGGGCAGCUUACUGUGCCUUUUGCUAAUCAGACUUCUUAUUGUGUGGAGCUAUCAUUUUCAUUACCAUGUAGUAGCAUAGUAUAUGAAUAUACCAUAAUUUACAUAAU